GCCUCCGGACAUGCUGAAAGUUUGGCUCUCCCAAAUUUAAAAGCAUAACCUUGUGAAAGAAUUCACGACGUAUACUAGCAAAUUAUUAGCAAUAUGCGUUCUCGCGUCACAGCUUUGCAGCACCGCAGAAAGAUGAGGGUUGACCAUCUCCGACCAUCAAUAAAAUGCUCCAGUUGAGACUCUAUAAGGUCCCAUUAUGUGUACUCGGAAAUUUGCUCGUCUCUUUUCGCAGAGCGAGGCGUUCUUAAUUCCCUUCCUUACUGUUUUCCCAACUACUCUCGCCUGCUCUUGAGGCCAACACAUUCCGUCUCAUACAGUAAUAUCUUUUUCGCGACAUUAACUUCCCCUGGCCUCCUACGUUACUCAUCCUCCGUUUUCAUGCAUUUCUGGUAGCCGUGUAUGUAAGCUCUUUCUUUCUUCUCCCCCUCCCCUAUUUCUUCCUAUUUUUCCCCCUAAAUAAAAUUCUCAUAAACGAGCUCCUGUUGACUUUCAAAUUUUCCCCCCGAGGGAGUCUAUAAGAUAUUCGAGCCGCAUACAUAAAAAGCCAUAUGGAAGGUGUUUCGGGGGCCUUUCCACGGCGCGGGGAACCCGGUUCUGUCUCGCACCGGGUUCGGCAAGUUGGGGCAUUCGAACCUAGUUCCGGCACGGCGGGUUCUGUCGGGCGGCGGUUUUCGCCGCCGUCGUGUUGUUCUCAGGGCAGGCGCCAAUGCUGCUCGACGACAGACAAUAAGGUGUCGCAAGAACGGAGUAAAACUGAGGAUAAACCCGUGGAGCGUGCCAUUGCUGGUUCCACCUCCAGCCGCCAGAGGGAGUCCACACAUUAUACGCAUUUUCUAACGAAGCUCGGCUAUAGAAUGGGUCCCACGGUCGGGACUGGGUCCUACUCCAAAGUUAAACUUGCGGAGAAAUUUGACAGUUCUGGCCGCAGGAGUGAGAAAGUUGCCUGCAAGUUGAUCGAUACGAGGAAAGCCUCAAAAUCCUACGCUACGAAGUUCCUACCCCGAGAAUUGGCCAUCAUCCGAUCAAUCAAUCACCCAAAUCUGGUGAAAGUCAAGCAAAUCGUUGAUCUCGGGCCUCUGGUCUGUGUCUUCAUGGAGUACGGUUGCCAAGGAGACUUACUGGAUUAUGUGCAAAAAUCCGGUCCCAUCUUCGACCCUGAGGCUCGAGGGAUUUUCAAACAAAUAGUGACUGCUUUGGCGUAUCUUCACGGGCGUGGAAUUGCGCAUCGGGAUCUGAAAUGCGAGAAUGUGAUCAGAUUUCCGGACGGGGUCAUCAAGUUGACAGAUUUUGGGUUCGCCAGAGGAUUCCUCAACCCGGGUACUGGGUUACCAAUGCUGAGCUCAACUUUUUGCGGCAGUGUAGCUUAUGCCGCACCGGAAAUACUCCAGGCACUGCCGUAUGACCCGACGAAAUACGACAUGUGGUCCUUGGGCUGUAUUCUGUACAUCAUGAUGACAGCGAGGAUGCCUUUCCAUGGUGAUCGCAGCACAGGGAAAUUGCUGGAGCAGCAAUUGCAAUAUGCCGUGUCCUUUCCGAGAGGCUCUUCCUUGCACGUGCCUUUUGCAUGCAAAAAACUGAUCAGAGAUUUACUCAAUCCGCAGCCAGCACAACGACCCAGUGCCGAAGUGGUGCUUGAUUGCGCUUGGAUCAAAUACGCUCACAAGACAAACAUGCUUCGGGGUGCUGGUGAAGGAGGUGGAGGAGAAUGAUGCGCUCUUGUCUUUCUUUUUCGAUUUCAUUUUCAAGGGUUGCUUAUUAUUGGAGCAUUUGAUCUCGCUAUAUCUUGGACGUCUUCCAUUUGCACAUGCUUGGCUUUCUUCUUGAUCUGAGUGACUUCCUUCCGGAAUCUGAUGAAAGAAAAACAAGAAUACUGUCCAGUCUGCAAGAA